AUGGAGGAAGAUGAUCCUAUGGAAGCCAAGUUGCCGACUAAAAAAACAGGCAAGAAGAAGAAAAAGAAAGUAAAAAAGGCUGUGUCUUCACCUACGGCGUCUUCACCUACGGCUUCAGUUUAUAUCCCUGGUCGGGGACAGAUUGACGAAGAUGAAGAAUUGGUUAUGGAUGAAACGGCGUAUGUUAUGCACCACCAAGCCACGACAGGUGAUCCAUGUCUCAGCUUUGAUGUGUUACGAGAUGGCCUCGGUGAAAAGAGAGAGACGUUUCCCCACACCUCCUACAUCCUUGGAGGCACCCAGUCAGAAACUGGUUAUUUUAACUACAUCAUGCUCAUGAAAAUGUGCAACAUGCAUAAAACCCAGAAGGAAGAGAAAGAAGAUGACAGCGAGGAGAGUGAGAGUAGCAGUGAUGAUGAUGAUGAGGGCGAAGAUAAGCCCGACAGAACAGGAAAAAAGACACCACCAGUAUUGUAUCAGACAAUGAUAAAACAUAAUGGCUGUGUCAACAGAAUAAAAGCAACAAACAUCAGUGGUCAUGUUGUGAGUGCAUCCUGGUCGGAGCAUGGAGUUGUCUACAUUUAUGAUGUGACAUCCCACGUCAGUGUGCUGGACACCCCCGACAAGAUUGAGGAGUUUGAGGCCUCAGGUAGCCAGGCAUCCCCACUGUUUGCUUUUGACGGGCAUCAGAUGGAGGGUUAUGCCUUGGCCUGGUCACGAAAUGAUGCAGGCCGGCUGUUGUCUGGUGACUGCAACAAAAACGUCUACAAGUGGCAGCCAAGAGAAAGCACCUGGCAAGUCGACAUCCGGCCAUUUGAAGGUCACACGGCAUCUGUUGAAGAUAUCAAGUGGUCUCCUUUGGAGAGCAAUGUGUUUAUGACCUGUUCAGUAGAUAAAUCAUUAAGAAUUUGGGAUGCUAGAGCCAACCCUAGCAAGGCUUGUAAACUUGUAGCCAGUGAAGCUCAUCUGCGAGACAUUAAUGUCAUCGACUGGUCUCUGUUUGAUCCUCUGGUCAUAUCUGGAGGAGAUGAUGGCCUUAUUAAAAUCUGGGACUUGCGGAAAUUCACUAGCGGAGAGGUUGCAGUAUUUGAACACCACAAAGGCCAGAUCACAUCUGUGGAAUGGAACCCACACGAUAGCUCGGUGUUUGUGGCGUCCGGCUCUGAUGACCAGGUUACUAUCUGGGAUGUUGCGGUGGAGCGCGAUGAAACUCCAGAAAAUGAGGAUGAGCCAGAUGUUCCCCCGCAGCUUCUCUUCAUCCACCAGGGGCAGAAAGAUAUCAAGGAAGUUCACUGGCACCCUCAGAUUCCAGGAGUGGUGUUUUCAACUGCCCAGAGUGGAUUCAAUGUGUUCAGGACAAUUAGCGUUUGA